GCGGCAGUAACGUGUUACCGGCAUGGGUCGUAAGAGGAAGAAGGGUCCAGGAGGCCGUGAGGGGCGGUUGGUGGUGACUUUUGAUGAGGAGAGGCGGAGGGAGUACCUGACCGGCUUCCACAAGCGGAAGGUGGAGCGGAGGAAGGCGGCGCUGGAGGAGAUCAAGCGGAAGCUGAAGGAGGAGCAGAGGAAGAUGAAGGAGGAGCGGCACCAGGAGUACCUGAAGAUGCUGAGCGAGAGGGAGGAGGCGCUCGAUGAGGCUGAUGAACUGGAGCACUUGGUGACAUCACGAACAGAGUCUGUGAACAUCGACCACCCAAACCACAUUGUAACAGUGACCACCAUCAGUGACCUGGACCUCUCAGGGGCGCGCCAGCUGGGACUGACCACCCCUAUGGGAAAAAGUGAUGGAUUGGAAGAAGAAAAAGGGGAAGAGGUGGUGAACAAGCCUGCUCCGCAAGCUGGGCAGGAGGAUCUUGGGUUCCCAGAUGAGCGGUGUGGUGGCAGGGAGAGGAUGACGUGCUGCCUGGGCACCCGUGGACAGGAGCCAGCAGAGGGCACUGGCAGAGCACAAGCCUGUCCCGGAUACUCUGUUCCCAUCGCAUUAAUCCUUGGUGACAGUAGGAGGAGGAGAAUGCAGCGAAGGGCAGGCUUUGUCCUGAACUGUUUACCUAGUCCUUCUCCAGAUACUGCAGGGAAGGGUGUAUUGCAGGGUGCACAGUUUGUCUCUAGGAUUGAAGGUCAAAACACCGUAAAGCUUUGGCAUUCUCCACGUUUUUCAGUAUCCAGGAUUUACAGCUGCUUUGGGGAUUCAGAGAAUUACUUAACUCUGCAGUGGCUGGGCAGCCCACUGCUCAGAAAAUUAAUUUUGGUGGUUAUUGCACAUGUAGACUUGGAGGUUUCCUGCCCUGUCAGGAUGAUGCCCAGCACAGGAGUUCCCCUGGGGCUUGCUGUGGCUGGUGUCCGCUCUUGCUGGGACAUACAGGGCUCUCCUGCUGUUGCUGUGGUGUUGCCUUGCUCCUGCAGACUUUGGUCCCAAAACUUUUCUCUCUUCCUGCCUUGCACAGGAUCUCCUCUCUUACUGCCACACUGCACAUGCACAGCCGGAAAAAGACGAAAGGAAAGAGACCCCAACGUGGGCAAGGCCCACGCAAGAAAAUCCAGAAAUCCAGCACAGGGCGAACCACUAAGACUCAGCGACGAAGGCUGACGGGCAAAUUGGGCUGUGAUCAAGAUUAACAGAGGAACUACUGCUCAGACCAGUGGCUGGGACAGCACUCCACAUCUGGCCUGCUGCUCUUUGCAACCCCUUCAUUGUGGGCAAGGGCCUUGUUUACUUGGCUCUCUGACCAGCACUGAGCUCAGCUCAGCCUUUCUCUUGCCUCCUGAGCAGUGGCCAGGGUGACUAGACACUCUACCCAUUUAUUUCUGCAGCAAUCUCCAGCUAAGUGUCUGAGUGCCACGGAGUUUCUAGAAACUUCUGCUGGAUGUCAGAUUCUGUAUUUGGUGUAACCCUUCUGCCCUUGGGCCUCCACUUCCAGAGCUGAUACUUGGCUUUAUCAAAGGAGAGGAGGCUGAGCGCAACGGGCACAUCGUCAGGGCAAUUUAUGUGACUAGGAAGAGCUCUGCUUCCACUCGUGCAUCAGUGCCCUGGCAUUUCUGCUGUGCGGUAAAUCCUUUUUCCAUGGAGACAUGGUGUCAUCUUGCCUUGUGUUUCUUCUCCAGUGCUGGACCUGAAUGCAGGGGUACUUUUUGUUUGGUGCCUGUGCCAGGUGAAAUUUGGUAACUUUGUGAAUAAAUCUUUAUGAAGUAA